AUGCAUUUCAUAGGACAAAUUCAAGCUGUCUACUCAACUGAAGAAUACACAGUCAAAUUUCUUCAGAAAUGUGGUAUCAACAGAUUCAGUUUUCCUUGUAAAGACGAUAUUUCCCUAGUUCUAGCAAGUGAAAUCAUCACAAAAUUGCCAAAGCCUUCAAUUAAUAAUAGUUGGAGAGACCGAUAUGCAAAAACUGUUUUGGGCGAGCAGUUUUAUCAUACGACAUUAACGGCCACUGAUGAUUCCAAAAUAGCUGUAUUUGUAUCCCCAACAGUUUGCAACGUCAUAAGACGGUAUGAGGCAGGCAGCAUCUGCCUUCAAAUGGAUGCAACAUUCAAAGUUGUACCUAGAGCUGGUGGGGCACUCCAGUUAUUCAUAAUCCACAUAUAUGUACAUGAAACGAUGAUCUGGAUUUGCAAGACCCAGAGCCAGAGCCAGAAGCUAUUGCUAGUGAGUUAUUAUUUCAUUACUAUUGAUCUACUAUUCGAAGAUUCUCAGAAGUAUGAUAAUGUUGGGGAAGGAAGUGAGGCAGAGUUUGGUAACGAUGAUCAGAACAAUGCCCAAGGGCAAGAGCGAGGGGAAGAGCAAGUACAGGAGGCUACUAAUAAUGACCAGCAAAAUGAAAAUGAAAUGGAGGACAUCAUAAACAGAGCAAUAAGAAGACGAGAAGAAAUGAACCCUUCCUUGCUCCUUUCCUCAUCAUCAUCGUCCUCUGAAGAGAACACUCCAGAUUCAGAAAGAAGACAAGAAGAAAUUAUUCCUCCCUUGCUCCUUUCCUCAUCAGAUUCCCACAAUGAAGCGUCAGAAACAGGUACUUGA